AUGCAGGCGGCCCUAGGUUUCAACAGUGUCAUCUUCCUGGAUCCUCCACAGAAGGCUCUGCCAAGCCAGCGUUUAGAUGUCUUUUACUCCUGUAACCAACCUGCUACAGUGCAGCUGGACUUGAUCGUACUUUUUGACACUGGCCACAGUCGUGUGGUCCAGCUAAACCACUGGGACUGUGACCCUUAUGGCAAGUCAUUAAUGAUUUUGGAGCUGAACCUCCCUGAUUGGUUGGUUUAUCAAGCAGAUGGGAUUGUUCCUUCCACCCCAUGGGUGCUGACUUGUAUGCUAGAAUUAGCACUGACAUACCCUGGAUCUGAUGACAUGGAGGAGCUGGUUGCAGCUGAGGAUGUGGCAUAUUUGGAACCUGUUCCUUUAUUUGAACGGCCUUUAAAGCAGCAUCAGCUGUGCAUUGCUUGGAACAUGGAAAUGCUAAGAUUAACUCAACAGUUUUUAAACAAACAUUGUCUUUUAGAGCAAGGUAAGGUGCACUUGUUGUCUUCAAUAUUUGCUUCUGUGGGAAAAAACGUCGGUAUCUCAAAGACUAUGGCCCCAUUCAGGAAUAAAGCUCUGGAUUAUUUGCGUGUGAAAACAAUUAAUUCUACAAGGUUCAUGCUCUCUAUGUGGGUGUUGUUGACCAGACACUGUGAACACAUGUGUGGAUUGUUUUACCAUAUAGACUCCAGGAAUGAAUACAACACACCAGCACUUUUCAUCAUUAAUUCAGGUCAGCUUCACAUUCAGAUGAACGGAGAGUUAAAGCAAUCAUUUGCAUUUCUCACUCCAUUCAGAGUGCCUUUAAAUGAGUGGUGCCAAAUCGGUAUAACCGUGCUCCUUAGAAAGGUUACUGUCUCCAUGGUGUGUAUAGAUAAGGAACAGAGAACUGCUUAUUCUGCUGAAUACAUCUCUGGCUAUAAUGUUGUAAUGGAUGACACAGAUGGAUAUUUUGUGAUUGGUGGAGGUAAAUUUAUAGGAGGUGGAGAGGGUUAUUAUGGACCAUUGGUUUUUCACCGCAACAGAAUAUUACCUCAACACAGGUCUAAGGUUGUUCUUCCAGAUGUUGUCAGAGCAGUGAAUCUGACUGGAUGGAUGCACUCAUGCAAAAUGUUUCAUCUGGAGAUGAGCAUGAAGAUCAGAGAAUAUUCUAAACAGAGACUAGAGUCUGACACCUGCUUUGAUGUCUUCCAUGAGCUGAUGGUAAAAGACAGAACUACAUCAAAACCCCAGUGUGAGCUGUGGGAGGAAACUGCUCCUCACAGGAGAAUAGCUGUGAGGCUGGCCAAGAUUUUGGCUUUCAGACAUGGAGACAGAGGAGUCAGCCUGGCAGCUUUAGGCAGAGCACUGUACUCUUUAUCACUUCAGAGGCUUGGCAGAGGAGGCAGAACUGGAGCAGUCAGCAGAAUCUUACCACUGCUGCUCCAAGCAGGCUGCCUAGCUGAUAACCGAGCUCUGAACAUGGCAUCUGUGCUCUACAGCUCUGGCCUGGGAGUGACAAAACAGCCUUAUAAGUCUUGGCUCCUGGCCCUGCUGGCAGCUCAGGAGGAUGAUCUCUUGGCACUGAUGCAUCUUGGACAGCGGCACUUGGACCAGAAAGGUAACCAUGGCUUCCCUGUGGACCUGGACCUGGCCUACGCAUAUUAUGCAAACAUUGCUAAGGAGACAAACUUUGGCCAUGACGAUUUUACACAGAAGCAGAUGGUCUUGAACUUGAAUGAGGUAAUUCUCCUGAAUCCUCCUGAGAAGGCCCUACCACACCACAUUCUGCAUGUGAUUUACUUUUGUAAUGGAGUUGCUACAGCUCAGCUGGACUUGGUUGUGACUUUUGACACCGGCAUCACAGAAAUAAUCCAGCUGACAGACUGGAGGUGCAACCCCCGUGACCCCCAAAUAAAGGCUAUUCAGCUCAACCUGCCUGAUUGGUUGGUUUAUCAAGCUGAUGGGAUUGUUCCUGACUCCCAGUGGGUGCAGAGCUGUACACUAGAAAUCGCACUCACAUACCCUGGAUUCGAUGAUACUGAGGAGAUGGUUGCAGCUGAGGAUGGGGCAGCUUUGGAGCCUGUUCCUUUCUUUGAACGGCCCAUGAAACAGCAUCAGCUGUGUAUUAACUGGGACAUGCAAAUGCUGCAAUUAACUCAACACUUCUCAAAGAAACAAUGCCUUCUCGAGCAAGAAACAGUACACAUGCUGUCUUCAGUGUUUGCUUCCACUGGAGAACACUUUGGCAUCACAAAGACACUGGAUCCGUUCAAUGAUUCUCUUCUUGAGUCUUUACGUAUGAACGCCAUCUUUUCUCCGAGUUGUAUGAUCUCCAUGUGGAUAUUUGUGAACAGACACUGCCAGGAAAAGUUGUGUGGAUUGCUCCAUCAUAUAGACUCUAAUAAAAACUAUAUAUCGCCAUCAGUGUUCCUAAGAAAUUCAGGCCAGCUUCACAUCCAGAUGAAUGGAGAGUCAACAGACUCUUCUGCAUUUCUCACUUCAUUCAAGGUGCCUUUAAGUGAGUGGUGCCAAAUUCGUAUGGAGAUGUUCAUCAGAAGGGUGAUUGUCUCCAUGGUGUGUGUAGAUGGGGAACAGAGAACUGAAUAUGCAUCACAAUACUUCUUUGGGCAUAAUGUCGUUCUGGAUGACACAGUCGGAUAUUUUGUGAUUGGUGGAAGUCGAUACGUUAACGGUAUUGAAGGUUAUUAUGGGCCACUGGUUUUCCAUCGCAACAGAGUAUUACCUCAACACAAGUCUGAGGUUUUUCUUCCAGAUGUUAUCAGAGCUGUGAAUCUGACUGGAUGGAUGCACUCAUGUCAACUGUUUCAACUGGAGAUGAGCAUGAAGAUCAGAGAAUAUUCUCACCAGGCUGAAGAGAGAGCAGAGUCCAGUAAGAACAGUUUUGAUGCUUUCCAUGAGUGGUUAGAAAAGACCAGACAGCCAUCAGAACCACAGUGUGAGCCGUGGGAGGAAACUGUUCCUAACAGGAGAGAAGCUGCAAAACUUGCGAAGAUUUUAGCUUUCAAACAUGGAGACAGAGGAGACAGCCUGGCAGCUUUAGGCAGAGCACUGUACUCUUUAUCACUUCAGAGACUCAACAGAGGAGGCAGAACUGGAGCAGUCAGCAGAAUCUUACCACUGCUGCUCCAAGCGGGCUGCCUAGCUGAUAACCGAGCCCUGCACAUGGCAUCUGUGCUCUACAGCUCUGGCCUGGGAGUGAAGAAACAGCCCUAUAAGUCUUGGCUCUUGGCUCUGCUGGCAGCUCAGAAGGAUGAUCGAUUAGCACUGAUGCAUCUUGGGCACCUACACCACCAGGGCUUCCAUGGCUUCCCUGUAGACCAAGCCCUGGCCUAUGCAUAUUAUGCAAACAUUGCUAAGCAGACAAAUUUGGACCGUCAUAGUCCCAUACCAGGGCAGACAUUUGUUGAGGCAGUUUAUCUAAACAAUGAGGAGGUGUUGAAUCUUCAGACGAAUAAGGACCAUCACAUCUUUCAAUGGCUGAAACAUCAGGCUCAGAGGGGAGCAGCUGAAGCAGAGCAAGCUAUUGCUCGCAUGCUCUUCUGGGGUCAGCAAGGAGUGUCCCCAAACAUCCAGGAAGCUGUGAGACACUAUGAAAGAGGAGCUGUCCAGCUGGAGGAUCCUGUAUCAAUGUACGAUUAUGGCAUAGUCCUGCUGGAGGGGCAGGGGAUCAAAAAGGAUGUUCCCAGAGCUAUCACUUUCCUAAAGAAAUCAAUGGACAAGGGUUUUGUUCCUGCUAUUAGUGCCCUGGCCUGGUACUAUGAGCAGCAUGAGCAUGACGAUGAGAAAGCAGUGAAGCUGUGGGAGCAGGCUGAUCACCAUGGGUCUCCAGAUGCUGCUUUGAACCUUGGUGUUCUGUACUCCCAGGGUCGGUAUCCUGGAAAAGCUGCUGAUGAGUUUGUAGCCUAUCUGUACUAUGUGAAGGCUGCAGAGAGGGGCAACAUCAGAGGAGGGAUUCUCCUAGCUGAGAUUUUGACUACUGGGAUACCUGGCCGCAUCAACAGACAUCAGCCACAUGCUGUUUUGUGGGUGAAGUGGGCAGCUGAGCACAACGGAUACCUAGGCACCAUCUUGAGGAAAGCCUUGGAUUCAUAUCUCAAGCGUGACAUGUUUACCUCACUGUUAUAUUACCUGAUGGCUGCUGAGUGUGGGUACGCACCUGCACAGUUCAAUGUGGCCUAUCUUUGUGAACACAAUACAUUAGGUAUUCUGGAUCCUGUUUUUGCUUCAAGCUGCAUGUGGAGAUAUUACAACCUCACAAUCCAAAGUCAAAAUCCUGACCCAUAUGCCUUGAUUAAGAUGGGUGACCUGCUGUAUGAGGGGGGAGCUGACGUUCACAAAGACUUGUUUUCAGCAGCAGAGAUGUACGCACUGGCAGCAAUGAAGCAGGAGCCACAGGGAUGGUACAACCUUGGCGUUCUUGUUGCUGAGGGUUACAGGCUGCCUCUGUCAGUAUUGAUCAAACUUGGCCUUUCAGAGCUCUACCUGGAAGACAACAUUUUGCUUCAAAGUGCUUUGUAUGAAAGAUGCAGGGAUUCAGGGAAUUCAGAUGGAUACUUACCUUGCAGCCUUGCUCUCUACAAUGUGUAUAUUCAAUCUUUUCAAAAGGACUACAACACUGCUAUUAAGGUUUCCACUGCAGUUGCUGUUCUUACAGCUUCAACAAUACUCCUAAUCAUUCGUGUUGUGCUCAGGAGGGCUUCAUUGUCUCUCAACUAGAGCCAGACUCACAUUAGGAUCCUGAAACAGAAUGAAGGACUCAUAGCCCACCUGCACAUUAACAGCACAGAAAUGUUUUGUUGUGAGUUUACAUGUUUAGUACGGAAGCAUUGUAAAGAACAACUGUGACUGUUUGAGGAUGUUUUUGAUUCCUGCUGUUCAGACUGUGCCACA